CGUUCCCUAUGUCGAGUCUCGCGGUGAGCAUCAGACUGCACCUUUUCCUCCUCAAGAGAGCGGGGAGGAAGAGAGAGAGACCUUAACUCCGAGAGAGAGAGAGCGCGCGCGACAGUGGAGAGGGGAGAGUGAGAGAGAGGGAGAGAGAGAGGGGGGAGAGCAGUAGCACCUUGUCGCCUGGAGGCGAGCCUGUGAUAAUUUUGUCCCUGUCCGGUAGACCGGCUCUAUCUGCCACCAGGCGCGCGCGGCUGCUCAUUCUCUCGCAGCUUUCAGAUUCUCCUCAAAUGGGAAGGGAAACCGAUGAGCUGCGCGCGGCACUGUUGCCACGGAGCCACAGGAUGCGCGUGAGGUCGCUGGAGAGAGUGAUGACGCGGCAGUGAGAGGCGCACAUACCUCACUCGCGCGCGCACACACGCACACACAUAUAUACACACACACACACACACACACACAUACAGUUAUAUUUGCUCACACACACUUUAAGUCUCGUCCUACUAAGUCAGGGAGGAGGGGGGAGACAUUUCUGCUAUGACGGUGUCAUUUCUCUCCAUUACCGGAGUGUAAGCCACACACACGCACACACACACACACACACACAGACACACACACACACACACAGACACACACACACUCCUGCUCUAUGGGGAGUUGCCUGCAUGGGGGAUACGGCCCUAUGUAGGGCACAAAGAUGGAGUUCACAUCCCAUUCGUCACGUAUCUAACACUCACACACAUGUGCAGGACAACACACAGGACACACGCCUGAGACCCCACGUCACACGCGGCGCCUGAGAGGCUGAAUGGAAGGAGACGCCGAGCGCGCCGGGCCCGCGCCGAAAAACAUGUCCGAGCUGCUGUGAGAGGACGGAGGGAGCAGCCGUUUGACGCGUCUCCGGGGCCGGACUGUGACUAGCGAGCGCGGAGACACCCGCGUAGCGUUCUGCGAAGCAACCUACAGUUGGCGCCAUGCGCUGCAGGCCGGAGGGAGCGCCCCAGCUCUAGCCUCCAUCUCCUCCCGGGCGUGUGUGUGUGUGUGUGAGCGCGAGCGCGUGCAUGAGUGUGAUGGCCGUGUGCGUCUGGGCGGCAGCCCCCCUCCUCUUCCUGGGGCUGUGCCUGUGCAGCGUGGGGGGCCAGGCGCACGGGGAGGUCCUGGAGUUCGGGGGCGUGUCCAGCCAGUGGGGGCGGUUCCCGGUGUGGAACGCCUGCUGCGAGAGCGUGCUGAGCUUCAGCCUGCGGACUCACAGCCAGGAGGGCCUGCUGCUCUACCUGGACGACGAGGGCUUCUGCGACUUCCUGGAGCUGCUGCUGCUGCACGGCCACCUGCGCCUGCGCUUCUCCAUCUUCUGCGCCGAGCCGGCCGAGCUGCAGUCCGGCGUGGCGGUGAGCGACGGCCGCUGGCACGCCGUGCGCGUGAGGCGGGACUGGAGGAACACGUCGCUGGAGGUGGACGGGCGGCUGGAGGGCUGGGCGGAGGUGAAGAGCAAGAGGAGAGACAUGACGGUGUUCAGCCACACCUUCGUGGGCGGGGUGGCGCCCGAGCUGCACGCGUCGCCGCUGCGCCUCACCGCGCCGUCGGUGCGCGAGCGGCCCCCGUUCCGCGGCUGGAUCGCGGCGGUGAGCAUCAACGGCACGGCGGCGGCGCUGGACGGCUCCGAGGGCGUCGCCGCCGCCGCCGGCUGCGGGCCGGACCACCGGUGCCAGAACGGGGGCGUGUGCAGCGUGGUCGACGACCGGGCCGUCUGCGACUGCUCCGACACCGGUUUCCAGGGCAACGACUGCAGCGAAGAGCACAGCUACACCCCAGGUCUGGCACACCUGAUGAUUGGCGACCAAGCUCGCGAGGAGUACGUCGCCACCUUCAAGGGCUCCGAGUACUUCUGCUACGACCUGUCGCCCAACCCCAUCCAAUCUAGCAGUGACGAAAUAACGCUUUCCUUCAAAACGCUGCAGCGCAACGGCCUGAUGCUGCACACCGGCAAGUCGGCCGACUACGUCAACCUGGCGCUGAAGAACGGUGCCGUGUCGCUCGUCAUCAACCUCGGCUCCGGGGCCUUCGAGGCCCUGGUGGAGCCCGUCAACGGCAAGUUCAACGACAAUGCCUGGCAUGACGUCAAGGUCACCCGCAACCUGAGACAGCACUCAGGCAUUGGACACGCUAUGGUGACCAUCUCCGUGGACGGCAUCCUGACCACCACCGGCUACACCCAGGAGGACUAUACCAUGCUGGGCUCAGACGACUUCUUCUACGUGGGAGGGAGCCCCAGCACCGCCGACCUGCCCGGCUCUCCAGUCAGCAAUAACUUCAUGGGCUGCCUCAAAGAGGUGGUGUACAAGAACAAUGAUGUACGGUUGGAGCUGUCGAGACUGGCUAAACAGGGAGACCCCAAGAUGAAGGUGAGCGGCGUGGUCUCCUUUAAGUGCGAGAGCGUGGCCACGCUGGACCCCGUGACCUUCGACACGCCCGAGUCUUACGUGUCGCUCAGCAAGUGGACGGCGAAGAAGGCCGGAUCCAUCUCCUUCGACUUUCGGACCACGGAGCCCAACGGGCUGAUGCUGUUCAGCCACGGCAAACCCAGACAGCAGCAACGCAAGGACCCGCGCACGCCACCCACAGUCAAGGUGGAUUUCUUCGCCAUUGAGAUGCUGGAUGGGCAUUUGUAUUUACUGCUUGACAUGGGCUCGGGAACCACAAAGACCAAGGCUGUCAGCAAAAAGGUCAACGACGGAGAAUGGCACCACGUGGACUUCCAGAGGGAUGGUCGCUCAGGAACCAUCUCUGUGAGCAGCGAAAGAACGGCGUACACGGCUCCAGGAGACAGCGAGAUCCUGGAUCUGGACGACACCUUGUACCUCGGAGGACUGCCUGAAGACCGAGCUGGACUCAUCUUCCCUACAGAGGUGUGGACCGCUCUGCUGAACUACGGUUACGUGGGCUGCGUCCGGGACCUGUUCAUCGACGGGCAGAGCAAAGACAUCCGGCGGCUGGCCGAGGCCCAGAGAGCGGUGGGGGUGAAGCCCUCCUGCUCCAAAGAGCCCCCCAAACAGUGCCUGUCCAACCCCUGCCAGCACAACGGCGUCUGCAGGGAGGGGUGGAAUCGCUACGUGUGCGACUGCUCCGGCACCGGCUUCCUGGGACGCUCCUGCGAGAGAGAUGCGACCAUCCUGUCGUACGACGGCAGCAAGUUCAUGAAGGUGCAGCUGCCUGUGGCGAUGCACACCGAGGCGGAGGACGUCUCCCUGCGCUUCCGCUCCCAGCGGGCCUAUGGCGUUCUCAUGGCAACCACAUCCCGCAACUCCGCAGACACCCUGCGUCUGGAGCUGGAUGGGGGCCGCGUCCGACUGACUGUCAACCUAGACUGUAUCAGGAUAAACUGUACAGCCAGUAAAGGCCCAGAGACCAUCUUUGCGGGUUCAGGCCUCAAUGAUAAUGAGUGGCACACAGUGAGGGUAGUCCGGCGUGGCAAGGGCCUCAAACUCACCGUGGAUGACCUGCAGCCUGUUGAAGGUCAAAUGGCGGGUGACCACACCCAGCUGGAGUUCCACAACGUGGAGACGGGCAUUGUGACGGAGAAGCGCUUCAUGCCCGCCGUGCCGUCCAACUUCAUCGGCCACCUCCAGGGCCUGACGCUCAACGGCAUGCCCUACAUCGACCUGUGCAAGAACGGCGACAUCGACUACUGCGAGCUCAACGCCGUCAUCGGCUACAAGAGCAUCGUGGCGGACCCGGUGACCUUCCGCUCGCGCUCCAGCUUCGUCACGCUGCCCACGCUGCAGGCCUACUACUCCAUGCACCUCUUCAUGCAGUUCAAGACCACCACCGCUGACGGCCUUAUUCUGUACAACAGGGGAGAUGGCAAUGACUUCAUAGUGGUUGAGCUGGUUAAAGGCUACCUACAUUACAUUUCCGACCUGGGCAACGGCGCACACCUGAUCAAGGGCAACUCUAACAGUCCGCUGAACGACAAUCACUGGCACAACGUGCACAUAUCCAGAGACACGAACAAUCUGCACACGGUUAAGAUCGACACCAAAGUCACCACACAGACCACCAUGGGUGCCAAAAACCUUGACCUGAAAGGUGACCUGUACAUCGGGGGCGUUUCCAAAGAGAUGUACCGGGACCUGCCCAAGCUGGUCCACUCCCGUGAGGGUUUCCAGGGUUGCCUAGCAACAGUCGAUCUAAAUGGCAAGCUCCCUGACCUUUUGGCUGAAGCCUUGGCAACUAUGGGACAAGUAGAGAGAGGCUGUGAAGUUACAUUGAUGAAAGCUGACUUGCAAGGUCCCAGCACAACAUGCCAGGAAGAAUCCUGCUCCAAUCAGGGAGUUUGUUUGCAGCAGUGGGAGGGAUUCACCUGUGACUGCAGCAUGACUUCGUACGCCGGGCCGCUGUGCAAUGAUGCUGGGACAACUUAUAUCUUCGGCCGUGAUGGAGGCAUGGUGAUUUACACGUGGCCCCCUAAUGAGCGGCCCAGCACCAGGGCCGACAGGCUGGCCCUCGGAUUUAGCACCCAGCAAAAACACGCCAUCCUGCUCCGGGUGGACAGCGCGUCUGGCCUGGGAGACUACCUCCAGCUGCAGAUAGACAUGGGCAACAUUAGAGUAGUGUUCAAUGUUGGCACCGACGACAUCAACAUCGAGGAGAGCUCCAAGUUUGUGAACGAUGGGAAGUACCACAUAGUGCGGUUCACCCGUAGCGGAGGCAAUGCCACCCUUCAGCUGGACGACCUGCCCGUCAUAGAGCGCUACCCAUCAGGCAACAUUGAUAACGAGCGCCUGGCCAUCGCCAGACAGCGAAUCCCCUAUCGGCUCGGUCGAGUAGUUGACGAUUGGCUACUCGACAAAGGUCGCCAGCUGACCAUCUUCAACAGCCAGACGACGGUGCGCGUGGGCGGCGGCGAGCGCAGCGCGGGCAUGUUCCAGGGCCAGCUGUCCGGCCUCUACUACAACAACCUCCGAAUCCUCAACAUGGCCGCCGAGGGCCACCCGCACAUCAGAGUGGAGGGCAGCGCGCGGCUGGUCGGCGACAUGCCGUCCUCCUCCAUCACCCCGCAGUCCAGCGCCGCGGCCGGAGGCAACCGCUCCGACUCCGCCCCCUCCAUCAGUGACAUCACAACCACCACGGCCACUAACAGGAAGCAGGGCGCUACGCAGCACACACAGUCGGUCGACGACCUGCUGGUGGCUUCAGCCGAGUGUCCCAGCGACGACGAAGACAUUGACCCCUGUGACCCCAGUUCAGCCCGCCCCCCCCUGCCAGAUGUGAAGGUGCUGUCGGGUCCGUCUGAGGUGGUGCGUGAGAGCAGCAGCACCACCGGCAUGGUGGUGGGCAUCGUGGCGGCCGCCGCCCUCUGCAUCCUCAUCCUCCUCUACGCCAUGUACAAGUACCGCAAUCGAGACGAAGGCUCGUACCACGUGGACGAGAGCCGCAACUACAUCAGCAACUCUGCCACGCAGCCCAACGGCAGCGCCAAGGACAAACCGCUGGGCAUCGCCAAAAUCUCCAAAAACAAGAAGAACAAAGACAAGGAGUACUAUGUCUGAAAUCCAACAUGUCUGGCACACAGACAUAUACGCAUACGCCUUUAUAUAUAACGGUAUAUGUACAUAAAUAGAUAUAUUCUCAAAAAAAUACACAUGCACACUGACAUAGACAUGCUGAUCUUAAUGUUUACUCUCCAAUAAUUAUACCUGCACACAUUCAAGCACAAACACACACACACACAAGCAUCAAGACUGACCCAGGGGCACGGACCCUUGCUGUACAGUAUUUACCAAUGAGCAGAGCCUCUGGCGGAGGCUCGGUUUCUGAACAUAAACGUCAUUCCAAAUGAUUUAGAAAGCACCAGUUCAACCCCCCAGUUAAGAACCAUUUCAGCACCAGCCGGUUAACAAGAUCAGUCACUCCCCUGCCAAAGUAGGACCUCUUCAAGUGGACCCCGGGAGGUCGAGGACUUGAAGCAAAGCACAUGGCGGACAGAGUGUGUUGAGCGCGAGACCGAGCACAAGAACAAAGAUGAUGUAAAAGCACCAAGUGUCUCCUCCAGGCUUGUUGGCCUUCCUCCCUGCUAGCAGACGGGACUGGAAGCACAGAGGAUGCUGAAGAAUGCAGCACGCCAACAGUCCAAGUCGAAUCCCAAGCAAGAGGACAGGAAAUCAGGGUGUCGCCGUCCACGGGGAGGACUGGGAUGGACAGACAGCGGGGCUGGUGCUGCUAGCGUAACGGAUGGCACUGGAGCGCUGAUGUUUCAUUCUGUAAAUCAGCAGUGGGACUGACGGAAAACACAUCUUUUCCUGGACAAGAUACUUGAGACUUCAGAUGCUACCUACAGACACACACACGUGUCGCACACAUGAACACAGCACAUGUACACACACACACAAUCCCUAAAAUACAAACAGACGUACACGUACUGCAAAGCUAAAGACAGACCAUAUCUUCAUAACUGAUACUGAAGACUUUACAAGACAAUGGUUGAAAAUUGACCAUUAUGAUAAUUGUUAUGGCAAUGAUAAUGAUGAAUAUGAAGAACAUUUGGGCAGCAUAAACUCUUUGGGGAAGGGAGGGGGGGUCUUAUUGCACGUGAAUUAUCUUACUCCGUGUGAUUUAUACAGCGUUGAAACUCCAGAGGUUACACCAUGGUGCACCACCAUCAUAAACCUACCACCUUGGCUUGAAGUGUUCCCGAAUACGCAAUUCAGACGGCUUUCGGUGGGAUUCAACAAUGAUUUAAUCUCUGAAUUGACUCUUGGUUCAAGUCCUAAAUGGCAAAGUGUGCUGCAUGCUUGAGUUUCUGAGCUGUGGAGUGGACGAAGUCCAGAGGUGGCACGUUUGUGGGGACGUGAGGAAGAGGAGGAGGAGGAGGAGCAGGUAUGCCGCAGGUUGCUACGUCGCUCGGGUGCAACACUCGGAUGUGCGCGCCCACCACAGGCCACAUCUUGUUUUCUAGCCUGAUCUCUAAUAGGCCACGCCCACUAUAUCUGCUCUAACCAACCACAUUUUAUAGCAAAAGACUACGGAGGAAAAUACUCAAAAACAAGUAAACGUUACCAUGUGUUGCUAAUAGAUAGGAAAGUCUGAUUCAUGAUGCCAUUGGAUAUGAGUUGCUUUGUUUCAUUGGCUCUGUCUUUUCUCCUUUGUAUUUUUCUCAUGAUGCUAUUGGUUGACUGAUUAAUCACCACUAAUGACGCAGGUCAGACAGAUGGGUCUCCAGUAGGCUACCAUAUAUUUAUCCGUGGACUUUUGCAUUGUUUGAGCCCGUUGCAGCUCAAGAAUUGUAGCCCCAUGAUAUAUGAAUACUAACAGUGCCAUGACUUAUCAAAGCCCCUCCAGUUCUUCCAAGCAAUGUAAUUGUCAGAUGCAUGCACACCGGACACGGCUGAAAACGGACCUGGAACAGGACUGUGUGUGAGAUUUCAAAGUAUAAUGUCAAAAUGAAUUUAUCUCUUCAUCCUUCCUGGCCUUUGAACCUCCUAUUUCUCUCUUCUCUUGUUUUCCUCUCGUUUACUGUGUUUUCCCCCUUUCGGCCCUUUCCCCGGUUCCUGUGAGUCUAUGGCUUUCGUUCCCUUCUAUCUCUGUUGUCUUGCCAUCGGAAGCAGGAGGUGGGAUUUUACAUCUAGGUGUUCAUUAACCAUGUUUAUUUUCUAUAUGUACAAUUUUUCUACAGUAUUUACUUUUAUUUUUAUUGUUACGGUUCUUUGAUGAACAUAAAGUGGAAAUUUAUUAUGAAAAAUAGUUUUGAAGAUUAAUGAGUAAAUAAAAUAUUACCCAAGUGA